GCAAAUUUCUCGGUUUUCCCAACUUGAGCAACAAGGUGCGUUGGCUCAGCUUCAGGGAGUGGCCUGCUGUGUUCUGGGCGUUUCUAAAACACACAACCUGAGCAGCAGGAUAUAAAAAGAGGAGCUCUGCGCUGAGAGAGGAACAUCUGACUUUCUGACAAACUCCGAGAGAGACCAAGAAAAAGAAAAGAAAGACACAGAACUCUAAGAACAUGUACUCACGGACCAACAGUGUGACCAUGACCCUGAAGAGGGAGAGCUUCGCACUCUCCAGGACUGCGAGCCGCAGCACGGAGCCCGAGGUCUUCACCUUCGAGCGGAUCACGCCUCAGGCCACCGCCGUGCGCUCCUACGUGCCCAUCCGGCCAAAGAAGCGCUGCACCCGGGUCAUGUACCCAGCUAAAGUCCGCAUGCACCUGCCACCCCCGGAGAAGAACCAGGCCAAGCGCUGGCUGGUCAUCCUGUGCCUGGUGGUGCUGUGGCAGAUCUACACCGAGGAGCCCUGCGCAGACACGCCGCUGACAGGCGCAGACAGCCCCGUCAGUGACUUCCAGGGCUUCCCCUUCCAGUGCGCAGAGGAGCAGAGGCGGAUCUCAGACCUGAGCGUGGGUUCAGAGCUCCUGUCAGCCACACAGACAGACUGUCAAGACGAGGCUUCACCCUGCGAGCACAUCAUCCCGAGCACCACCACCUGCCCCAAGCCCGUGGAGGAGACCGAGAGCAGCCUGUACGAGCAGAGCGCAGGGAAGAGCUACAUGGUGGCCCUGCUGGUCUACCACAGACUGGGCAGCGACAACUGAGCGUCCCAGACCUGCUUGAACUGUAAUCAGCCCGAGACCGGGCUUCCUAUAAUAAGGAACCAUGCUGGAGCUGAUCCGGAGUAGCUGCUGGAAGAACAGCAGUGUGCCCGGAGAGGGAGCUCCAUGCGCCGGAUCCCCCUGACAGAGCAGAGGAGGGGGGACCAGAGACAGAGAGAAAGAAAGACACGAAGAAGAAGAGAAAGAAAGAACUGUGAACACUUGCAAAAACUGAAACUUGAACUCAUGAAAACUUGAACUGCUCUGUGGUCUACAGACUCAAACUGCACUACCAGGCCUGCAGGCUCACUGUCUCUCCUGCAGACUUAAACUGACACUGAUGUUCAAAUGUCUUAUUUAGUUAUUUAUUCUAUUUGCUAUUUAUUUAAUAAUAAUAAUUUUAAUAAAAAAAUGUCUAAAUGAA